CACUGUCAAGUGUUAUUAAAUAAAACCAUUUCGUAAUUAUCCCAAUUCCAUUAACAUUUUUGUCAAUUGAGGUUUUGGGUCUAGGUUGAGAGCACGCCCUGCACUUUUUGCAAGAUUAUUUUGGAGCUGUUUGGGACCAAAUUUAUCAUCAUGUCAAAUGUCAAGUUCUACUACUUCCCCGUUAAAGCUCUCGGUGAGAGUGUUCGUCUACUCCUCUCUUAUGGUGGACAAGACUUUGAAGACAAGAGGGUUGCCAUGGAGGACUGGCCUGUAUUUAAGCCAUCGACACCUUUCGGUCAGAUGCCGGUACUAGAGAUCGAUGGUAAGACUUACGCACAGAGCUUUGCCAUCUCCCGGUACCUGGGCCGCAAGUACGGCCUCUCCGGAGCCGAUGCUGAAGAGGAUCUAGAGAUCGAUCAGAAUGUCGACUUCGUUAAUGAUAUCCGUGCGAAGGCCGCAACGGUCCAAUACGAAGCUGACGCGGAAUUGAAGGCCAAAAAGCACGCGGAAUUCAGUAAGGACGUGUACCCAGCAUUGCUCGAGAAACUGGACGAGAUCAUCAAGAAGAACAAUGGACACAUUGCUGCUGGCAAGCUCACCUGGGCAGACUUCGUCUUCGCUGGAAUGUUCGACUACCUAAAGAUGAUGCUCCAAGUUCCAGACCUAGAAAAGAAAUACCCAAGCUUCCAACAAGUGGUUGACGCGGUGUACUCUCAGCCAAAACUCCAGACCUACAUCAAGAAUGCACCUAAAGCUGAUUUUUAAACUAGACAAUGUUUCUUUGUUUAUAACAUAUAACUUGUGAAUGUAUUGGAUCUGAUUUUUUUCUUUUUAUUCUGAGAUUUAAAUUAGAAUGGGUAAAAAUAAACCGAGUUACUGGCCACUAAUUCAAUAUAUAAAAAAAUAGUACAGUAUCUGGCGUAUGCGCACAUGUUUUUGUCGGAUAUUUUUCCCAAAAAUUAAUUUACAAAAUAACUGCAUUUAAUAAUUGAUAUUAUUACGUCAUAGGACAAAGUGCCUUAUUAAUUUAAGUGUAUAUUUAAUGU